AUGGUCCUGCCCUCGCUGCUAGAGCUCCUGAACGUCCUUCUGCGCCAGUCCGCCUUCAGCAGAGCUGCAGCCGCCCCGCGCAGCCGCCCCCCCGCCCUGAUGCCGCGCCCCCCCGCCCUCUCAUGCUGCCGCGGCUGGGGGGCCAAGGAGCCCCCGCCCCGUCGGCCCACCGAAGGGAGAGAGGCCGAUCCCGCGGGUUUCAGGGAUAAAUGUUCCACUGGGGCAACAGCAGCGUUCAGAGAUGAUGCUGUUGAGCUGGAGGUCCCACCGCCACUGGGAGGUGGCAGCAAACAGCGUGCCGAGGCUGAAGUGGCGGCCAGGCCCCCCCUCUUCAGGCUGAUCCACUCCGGAUCUCACCCACAGCUGGAGCAGCGCACACUGCUCAACCAGUACUGCCAGUACCGCUGCCCAGUGCUGCCCACAACAGCUCAGACUCCACUCCUGAGGUGUCGGUUCUUCUCCACUAUCUCUGUGGUUGAGUGCGACCCUGUGCACGUGUGGGGGGCAGGCUGCCUGAGAGGGGGACCUGAAGAAGGUCAAUCCCUUCACAAACGCUCUCAUCAUCUUCAGUGGACCCGGGCUCCGUUGCUCCGAUGGCAGAACACUGUUGUGCUGUCUCUGGGAGCAGAUGUUCUGCCAGAGUACAAGCUUCAAGCUCCUCGCAUCCACAAGUGGACAGUGUUGCACUACAGCCCCUUCAAAGCGGUGUGGGACUGGCUCAUCCUGCUGCUGGUCAUCUACACUGCCAUCCUGACCCCCUACUCAGCCGCCUUCCUCCUCAAUGACCACGAAGAGGCAGUCAUGCAGAGCUGUGGGUACUCCUGCUCCCCUCUCAAUGUGGUGGACCUCAUAGUAGACAUCAUGUUCAUCAUUGACAUCCUCAUCAACUUCAGGACAACAUAUGUGAACUCCAAUGAUGAAGUGGUCAGCCACCCAGUGCGUAUCGCCGUCCACUAUUUCAAAGGCUGGUUCCUCAUUGACAUGGUGGCUGCUAUUCCAUUUGACCUGCUCAUCUACCGCAAUGGAGAGGAGACCACCACUCUGAUUGGUCUUCUGAAAACGGCUCGUCUCUUGCGGUUGGUGCGUGUAGCCAGGAAGUUGGACCGCUACUCAGAGUAUGGUGCUGCUGUCCUCUUCCUUCUCAUGUGCACCUUCGCCCUCAUCGCUCACUGGCUGGCCUGCAUCUGGUAUGCAAUUGGUAGCGUAGAGAGGAAUGGAUCUAUUGGCUGGCUCCACACGCUGGGAGACCAGCUGGGGAAACACUUCAAUGAUUCUGUCCCAGGUUCAGGACCUUCCAUCAAAGACAAGUACGUUACAGCUCUGUACUUCACCUUCAGCAGUCUGACCAGUGUAGGGUUUGGAAACGUGUCCCCCAACACCAACUCUGAGAAGAUCUUCUCCAUCUGCGUCAUGCUCAUCGGAUCCCUGAUGUACGCCAGCAUCUUUGGAAAUGUGUCCGCCAUCAUCCAGCGGCUCUACUCGGGCACGGCCCGCUACCACACCCAGAUGCUGAGAGUCAGGGAGUUCAUCCGCUUCCACCAGAUCCCCAACCCUCUCAGGCAGAGGCUGGAGGAGUACUUUCAGCAUGCCUGGUCCUACACAAACGGCAUUGAUAUGAAUGCAGUUCUGAAAGGUUUCCCUGAGUGUCUCCAGGCAGAUAUCUGCCUCCAUCUGAACCGGACAUUACUGCAGAACUGUAAGGCUUUUAAAGGCUCCACCAAGGGCUGCCUCAGGGCCUUAGCCAUGAAGUUCAAGACCACCCACGCGCCCCCAGGAGACACGCUGGUCCACGCCGGAGACGUCCUCACUGCCCUCUACUUCAUAUCCAGGGGAUCCAUCGAGAUACUGAGAGGAGAUGUGGUGGUAGCUAUCUUGGGUAAGAAUGACAUCUUUGGCGAGCCCAUCAACCUGUACUCCCGUCCGGGUAAAUCCAACGCUGAUGUUAGAGCACUGACUUACUGUGACCUGCAUAAAAUCCUGAGAGAAGAUGUUCUGGAAGUGCUGGACAUGUAUCCUGAGUUUGGAGAUAAUUUCUGGAACAAUCUGGAAAUCACCUUUAAUCUUAGAGAUACCAACAUGAUCCCAGGUUCUCCCAGCAGUGAUGACUCCACUUGUGGGGGCUUCAACAAAUUACGAAGACGAAAGUUAUCAUUCCGACGACGGACAGAAAAGGAUGAUGAAGAUGCAGGAGAAAUUAAAAAGUCCCACAAGUCCUUGAGGAGAAAACAACGAGAGAGCAACCACAAAGGGAAGGAGGACACACCGAAGAGACAGUGGGGGGCACAUCGAAGUUCAGUGUCUUCACACUCCAGUGGUGACGAGGGGGAGGAACCCGUUGUGACCGGCCUUGCUCCACCACUCGCUCUGCUGGAGACUCCAAAGGCUGACGCCCCAGCCAUGAACUUCACUGAGGGGGACGGAGACCACAAGACCGGGAACACCUGCAAUGCCCUGUCAGAUGCAUUCUCAGGAGUUUCCAACAUCUUUAGUUUCUGGGGAGAGAGCCGAGGGGGUGCUCAGUACCAGGAGGUCCCCAGUUGCAGCCCUGCCCCCCCUCCACCCCUCAACACCCCACUGCACAGCAUGAGUCGCCAGCAACGGAACCAGCUGGACUCCCGUCUGGACCUGCUCCAGAAGCAGCUCAACAGGCUGGAGAGCCGCAUGUCAGCAGACAUCGGGGUGAUCAUGCAGCUGCUGCAGAGGCAGAUGGCGCUGGUUCCUCCGGCCUACAGCGCCAUUUCAUCCCCACCUCAGCCCUCCCCCUACCCUGGACCCGGUACAGGGGACAGAACGGCUCCGGCUGUCACACCUCUGGAGACAGAGGCCGUGGCCUCCUUAUCCCAGAUCUUGGAGUCCCAGGACUUUGAAGAGUUUCCAGCCAAACCACCCGAUUCCCUGCAGCUCCAGGACUCCUCUCUGCUCGGCGCCAGCCAGGACCAGUUUAGAUUCUCCAAACUGGACGGCCUGGGCCAGCAUGAGGAGUUGGGGCUGGGUCUUGACACAAGGGCUGGAGUUAUAGGGCCAGUUUUAGAAUGCAGGAAUGGGGCAGAGGCAGAGCCAAAUCUGGAGGCAGGGUUGGACUUUGUAACAGGAGGCUGUCCCUUCAAGAGCCACGAGCUCCUCUGGAUUCAUGGACCCCACAGCGACACAGCUCCGACCCAGGGGGAAGCUAAAGAAGAGGAGUCACAGAGGAGACGGAGGAGAGCGGGAUGGAGAGAGGUGCUCCAUCCCGCUCUCCUCCUGUUUCCACCUCUCAUCACCACACUUUGCAGGCACCUGCUGGAUCUAGCACCUGAAGCCCUGGGCACACUCAGCUACUGCAUCGUCACCGUCAGCCGGCUCAGGGUCAGGGGAAGACACGAGCACCCGCACCCGCACGUUUGGCAGCCAAAUCAGUUCGGCCCGCUUCGGCCCACUUCGGCCCGGGACAUUCCAGCGUCAGGGCGGUGUAAGGGCGUCUUCCUGGGCCGUGGCCGCUUCCCCCGGCGGUUCCUCCCGCCGAUUGGACCGGCCCCGUCCCGUAAAAGGAGUCAAAGUUCUCCAUUGUGUGGCCGGGAUCGACGUUCGGAGUCUCUCUACAAAGUGUCAGAAAACACAUCUAACGACAUGGCAGACCUGGAUCUGAGUCUGAGCGACGCGCUCACAGACAGCGUUCCCCAGCCGGGCCCGGAAGGCCCCGUGGAGCGGGACUUUGUGGCUCAGCUGGAGGCGGAGACCUUUGACGAUCAGGUCAAGGAGAGUGUUGGAAAGACGGACUACAUCCCCCUGCUGGACAAUGACGACACAAAAACAGAUGCUGCUUCUACAUUGGAGAAUGGAGAGCAGGAAGCGCAUGGGGUGCAAAAACCUGAGGACUAGAACCUGUCUCAUCUUCCUGGCGACCGUUCCCCGGCUUCUGCUUCUGUACACACCCCCUUCUACAGCGCACACACACACACACACACACACACACACACAGGAGUCCUGACUUCCUCCCGUGCUGCUCCUCCUAAAGUGUUGGCAGCAGUAGCUCUGGAUCAGCCUCCCGCUGCCCCUGUCUGCUCUCCUCUUAUCUGGGACAUCACUGUCCGGUUCUUAAGCCUAGCCUUCCAAACAUGAAUAACUGUCUCACAUGUCUGGGCCCCCCCGUCCCCCCCGUCCCCCCGCCCUCCUUUGACAGUGAGUUCAUGAGUUCAGUCCCGGCGCUCAGAGGCUCAGACACAGCCCAGCUCUCCCUCUGUGUGAGGCCUUUCAGAGUGUCCAGCGCCAGAGGGCCGAUCUGUCACCACCUCCCACAGACACAAACCCCCCCACACAGACCCACAGACACAAACCCCCCCACAGACGGACACACGCCCCCACAGACAGACCUACACCC